UGUAAUCUUGCCACUUUUCGCGCAUCUCAUCAGUGUGACAACAAUGGUCGUGCCGGUUGGAUUUUAGGUUAAAUCACUCGCGUGAUCUCGCCUAGUUAGUAAGAUAAACCCGUUAAACACGGUAAAAAAAAGGAACAAGAAACGGAAACGAGGGGGAAGAAUAGAUAAAUAAAUAGGUAGAUAAAAAUGGACAAUAAAAUAACGAUAUGCGAUCCCGACGAAGAAGAGAUAGAAAACGAUUUGUUACGUGACAUCGAACCAGUCAUGUGGAUCAACGACGAUCCGAAUUACGAUCUGGACGAGAUCAACAUGUUUUUUCACAGGGUUGAUUCGGAUCAAAUAAUAUACAAGGAAAAGAAGAAGAAGUGUAAAUUUAUAGGUAAAUACGUUAUGGGCGAUGUUCUCGGCGAGGGUAGUUACGGCAAGGUGAAGGAGGUACUGGAUUCACAAACGCUCUGCCGAAGAGCGGUCAAGAUAUUAAAGAAGAGAAAACUUCGGAGGAUACCCAAUGGGGAACAGAACGUUCAACGAGAAAUAAAAUUGUUAAGGACAUUGAAACACAAAAACGUGAUAAAUCUUGUGGACGUUUUAUACAGCGACGAGAAGGAGAAGAUGUAUCUCGUCAUGGAAUUCUGCGUAUGUGGGUUACAGGACAUGUUGGAAAGCACACCGACCAAGAAGCUCCCGCUUUGGCAAGCACACGAUUAUUUCUGCCAGCUGUUGGAUGGUUUGGAGUAUCUCUACAGCAAAGGAAUAGUUCACAAGGACAUCAAGCCUGGAAAUCUGUUGCUCACUGUAGAUGGUACUCUGAAGAUCAGCGACUUCGGCGUCGCAGAGGCAUUAGACACGUUUUCCAAAGACGAUACAUGUACGAUAGGUCAAGGAUCCCCAGCGUUUCAACCACCGGAAAUCGCAAACGGCUGCGAGAGCUUCUCAGGUUUCAAAGUAGACAUAUGGAGCAGCGGUGUUACAUUGUACAACAUAACGACAGGUUUAUAUCCUUUCGAGGGGGAUAACAUAUAUAAGUUAUACGAAAACAUCGGAAGGGGUGAAUAUACGAUACCAAAAGACGUAGAAGAACCUUUAAAAUCGCUGAUAGAGGGAAUGUUGCAGAAAGACGCGGACAAAAGAUUCACGUUGCAACAGGUCAAAAGACACUGUUGGACGGUACGCAAGCACCCGAAAACACAGAAAGAAGUGCCGAUACCGCCUCUCAAAAGUAACGGCUGUCACAGAAUGACCGUUCUGCCAUACCUGAUGGAGUACCAUCAGGACGGAGUCGACGACAACCCCGUGUACUACACGGAACACCAAUUGAACGAAGAACGAAGACUCGAGGAGCUGGAUCGCAUCAGCGAGGAUGGGAAGAGCGGUCGCAACAGCCAUCGUGCGAAAUCCAAUAGCAACGGUCAGAACAAGCGGAGGUGGCGGAAGCCGAUCUCGUGCAUCAGCAUCAAGAGAUUCCCAUCCUGCAAGCCGUCACGAUUCGUCGAGCGCAGCGGAAACGUACCCCUUGAGGAGAAAAUGGAUUUUUUAGAGUAUCCAGAUAUUUUUGCUGAGGUUAAAGGCGCUAUGACGCCGGGCAGACUAAAAUUGACCGACCAGCAUCUGAUCUUUAAAAAUCAGAAGACUGGAAAGGUCGAACAGAUCUCUGCCUCUGACAUGGAGAUGGUAAACUACCAGAAAUUUAUUGGAACCUGGGGUUUGCGCAUCUUCUUGAAGAACGGCACGUUGCACCGUUUCAAGGGAUUCAAGGAAGCCGAUCAGGAGAAAAUAGCCAAGUUCUUUUCCAUCAAUUAUAAGAAAGACAUGUUGGAGAAAGAGCUGAGCUUGAAAGGAUGGAACUGGGGUACCGCAAAAUUCAGUGGAUCUAUCUUGAGCUUUGAUGUUGGCCAUCACACUGCUUUUGAAAUACCUUUGUACGAUGUAUCACAGUGUAACACCGGGAAGAAUGAAGUGACCCUGGAAUUUCAUCAGAAUGACGAUGCUCCAGUCAGUCUGAUGGAGAUGAGAUUUCAUAUUCCUGUCAGUGACAGUGUCGAUCAAGAUCCAGUGGAGGCAUUCCAUCAGCAGGUGAUGGAGAAGGCAUCUGUUAUCAGCGUGAGCGGCGAUGCGAUUGCCAUAUUCAGGGAGAUUCACUGCCUAACGCCCCGUGGUCGUUACGACAUCAAAAUUUUCCAAUCUUUCUUCCAACUGCACGGCAAGACUUUCGACUACAAAAUUCCCAUGUCGACUGUGCUGAGACUCUUCCUUCUGCCGCACAAGGAUAAUCGGCAAAUGUUCUUCGUCGUGAGCCUGGAUCCUCCCAUAAAGCAAGGCCAAACGCGAUAUCAUUACCUGGUGCUGCUGUUCAAUCAGGAAGAGGAAACGUCUAUCGAGCUACCGUUCACCGAGAAAGAGCUGAAGGAAAAGUACGAGGACAAAUUAACGAAGGAAUUAUCAGGACCGACGUACGAAGUACUUGGCAAGGUGAUGAAAGUGAUCAUUAAUCGGAAGUUGACGGGGCCUGGCCACUUCACUGGUCACACCGGAACUCCCGCGAUUGGUUGUUCUUUCAAAGCUGCGGCGGGGUACCUGUAUCCGCUCGAGCGAGGCUUCAUUUACGUGCACAAGCCGCCGAUACACAUCCGUUUCGAGGAGAUAGCAUCGGUGAAUUUUGCGCGCGGCGGCGGUUCGACUAGAUCCUUCGACUUUGAAAUCGAGCUUACGAGCGGCGUGGUGCACACGUUUAGCAGUAUCGAGAAAGAGGAGUACGGCAAACUGUUCGAUUUCAUUACGUCGAAGAAGCUCCGCGUUAAAAAUCGCGGUAAGAGCGACAAGCUCAAUUACGACGAGGACUUCGGUGACAGCGAUCAGGAGGACGAACCGGACGCCUAUUUGGCGCGGGUGAAGGCGGAAGCACAGGAACGCGACGGCGACGAGAAUCAGGACUCCGAGGACGCCUCGUCCGACGAGGAAUUCAAGCCGAAUCAGGAUGAGAGCGACGUUGCCGAAGAGUACGACACCGACGCCAACAGUUCUGAGAGCGACGAGGACUCGGAUGCGUCCGCGGCGAGUCACAAGAAGGAGAAGAAGGAAAAGGAGAAGGAGAAGAAGAAACCUAAAACGGCAAAGACGGCUCCGAAGAAGACACGGAAGUCGAGGAAACCGAAGAAACAGAAGGACGCGAAUAGACCGAAGAGGCCACCGACGGCGUUCAUGUUGUGGCUUAACAGCACACGUGAGAGCAUCAAGGCAGAUAAUCCGGGAAUAGCUGUGACGGAAAUCGCGAAGAAGGGUGGCGAGAUGUGGCGAGAACUCAAGGACAAGUCCGAGUGGGAAGCGAAAGCGGCAAAGGCGAAAAAGGAGUACGCGGCAUCGAUAAAAGAAUACGAGGCGAGCGGAGGUGGUAAGGCUAAAGAGAAGAAGGAAAAGACGGAGAAGAAGAAGAAGGAAACCAAGAAAGAUUCGCCUAGCAAGAUGAUGACUGGCACCGCAUUUAAGAGCAAGGAAUACAUCAGCGACGACGACAGCAGCAGCGACGAGAGCAAGAAGUCCGAGAAGAAGCAAUCUCAAAAUAACGAGAGCGAAGAGGAGAAACGUAAAAAGAAGAAGCGACCUGUGGAAAGUAGUGGAAAGAAGACGACGAAAAAAGCCAAACGGGAGUCGGAUGAGAGCGACGCGGAAGAACCCGUCGAGAGUACUCCGCCGUCAUCCGACGCGGAAUCCAAGGACAGUGAUUAAGGAAAGUUGUGUGUGUAAAAGAUUCGAGCGAGCGUAUCGUUUCUUAUUUUACCUUGUCUACGUGCGUCAGCGCGCACUCACGAAUCUGAACCGUGGAACAAUAUGUGCGCGAAAUGAGAUGGACUUUCAUUAUUGUUGAAUCUUUCAGUAAUAAAAAUAAUUACCCGUUUUGCAUCUACGAGCAUGGAAGAAAGGAAGGAAACUUAUAAAGCAUUAAUUUAAGAAUUAAUAUGUUAAGAUGUAGAUGUGUUAAACAAUAACAUUAAACCUGGGAGCAAU